AACCCCAUAACGAGAAAACUCUGACGUGACUGAUGAUGACCACUCCCCAUGACUCACGUCGUAAUUCACACUCCUGUGGCUCCAUAUAAAUACAUAAACAAUUGGAUAAAGUAAACAAACGAACAACCUGUUAACUCUAUCGUUGACUGUUCGUAUACAUCGGCCACCACAAUGAAGAGCGCCAUUGCUAUUGUAUUCGCUGCAUUGUAUGCAUCCGUGGAAGCUGGUUGCUAUGGUAAUAACCCUAGACCCGCCCCCCUAACCCACGAAGAAAAGGAAGCUCUGUCUUACAACCACGAUCCCAUUGGCACCAACGAUGUGCGGGCGCAGAGUAUCCCUGAUGCCUGGGACUGGAACGAUGUUGACGGCAAAUCCUAUCUUACCCCUAGCUGGAACCAGCACAUCCCUAAAUACUGUGGCUCCUGCUGGUUGCACAGUUCUCUGAGUGUUGUGCAGGAUCGUAUCAAGAUCAUGCACGGUGGUGAUGGCAUUGAUGUUAUGCUAGCCCGACAGGUUCUAGUCCAGUGUGCACCUUUGGACGGCAUGUCCAACGGUUGUGGAGGUGGAGACCCCAAGGACGUGUUCGGCUACAUGCAGAAAUACGGUCUUCCCGACGAGGGCUGCAUGGUGUACAAGGCCGACGACACCGACUACAACCGCCUCAAGAAGGAAGGUGUCAAGGAGUGUCCCGCUGAGGGCAUCUGUGUCAACUGCAUGACUGGCCACAAGCCCGAGUGCUACCCCAUCAAGAAGCCCCUUCUAUACGGAGUCAAAUCCUGGGGUGUGAUCGGCAAGGGAGAGGAGGCCAUGAAGGCUGAGAUCUAUAACCGCGGACCCAUUGUAUGCUCCAUUGCCACCGGAAAGGCCCUAGACUACGGCUACCGUGGCGGUGUCUUCAUUGACCACAACAACGUCACUGAUGUCGACCACGACAUUGAGGUUGUUGGUUGGGGAGAGGAGGAUGGCGUGCCAUUCUGGAAGAUCCGUAACAGUUGGGGAACCUUCUGGGGAGAGAUGGGCUUCUUCAAGCUGCGAAGAGGCACCAACGAGCUUCAGGUCGAGCAGGACUGCUGGGCUGCCGUUCCCGACAUCUCUAUGGAGCAGGAUGUGCUUGACGGUAAACUGGUCGGUUCCAUGGAUGACGGUCUAGUCAAGAAGACGGAACUAUAAUUAAUCACAUCGCAUAGUGAGUAUACCUAUGGUGUCUGCGGUCCGUGAGGAAGUUGGCCAAUAGUGCUCUGGGUGGACUUUGCAUACGCUAGGCCUUAAAGGCGGAUAGAUAGUAUUGAAGAGAUGCGCAACUAAUGCAUUGAUGUGACGUCAUCUCACUCUUCGCAGAGGUGUAAGGCCACGGCCUCGUAGGAUAGUAUAUAGGUGCAAUACACAACAAUUAAAGUCAAUGGACACAAAGUAGACUAAUGCAAGUGG